AGCUAAAUGACGUCAAUUUGCUAAGAACUGAACGGAGGAAACAAGAGAGCGGAACAGACUAUCCAGCUGUCAGACAUCGCUUUGUUGUCGGCGAGUUUCAUUCGAGCCCGCAAUGUCUGAUGCGAGUGACACCGAAUGCCACUGAUGCUGUUGGUAUGGAGACAGUUGCGAAAUUCAGUGGUGGAUGCAGCCUUUGGUUGGUCUUUUAGGGCUCGGAGCUAGGGGGGCUUGUGGUCAGCAGUAACCAAAGAGUUACCACCAAGUGUACCUGACUCAGAAUGAACCAGAACAGGCUUCAUUAGAAGGUCCAACUUCAGUUAAUCCACAUAAUCAUUUUCAGCCUGAUGUUGUUUGGCCUACAUCAUUAAUGAUGAGUGAGAUCUUCAAGAGUGUUAGACUUCAAGAUGCCUAACGAGCGAUUCAAAUCAUCUCUUGGGCCUGUAUGGCUAUUAUUUUAUUCAAAAGCAGAAGGUUGUGCUCAGCCCAUCUGAACAUCUUGGUGGACGAGGAGCCAAGCGAACAGAGCUCUUCAUGGCUAGAAUAGAAACAUUUGUGUCAGUCACUUGAGUUUCCCAAAAACUCCUGGUUAGUUUUUUCAUGCAGAUGCAAUAAUUUGGUGGGGAGAGGCUAGAAAAGGUGGCAAGGGAAACUGUAAAAAGUAAAAGAUUCCCUCCACCUCAAAUCAUCUGGACAUUAUGCAGUCAGACGAUCUCUUCAUCCGCAAGUUUCGCAGACAGAGCCCACGGCCGCCCCUGAUGACAGUGAAUUAUGAUACCAAGCAAGAUGGUGGUGUGCGGACACGAGUCAUGGCCGAAUGGCCCCCCAGGAGAGAGGAAGAAGGAUUGGACAGAGAGAGUGUCCCUCCCAAAUCAGUCGAACUCAAUUUGAGGUCGGUGGGUCGAGGACACAUCAUGCAGCGCAGCAACAGUGAUGUAACCCUUGGUGAUCUGGAUUUGGGAGUGCAGGUUGGGAGAAAGAUGCUCCGCACUGGAGGAGACAAAACUGGACUAGGUGGUCAGGGGGAGUCCCUCCACCGUGAAUACGGGAGCCUCUCCUCGCUUGAGAGAACGACACAGUGCCUGGAUCACAGUGGAGAGGAGCAAGGAGCUCUCAGUCCCCAAGCACUGCGCUUCAAAGAUCCGUUAAUUCUGCUGGGGCUGCAAGGGACGCCUUCUGAACAUGAUGGCUUCUUUCAAACACUCCCCGCUCCGGCAGUGGACACUUCGAAGCCGGCCAAGCCCCCCAAACCCGAGGGGCUUGGUAGAAGGGCCAAACCGUCCCUUCUGCAAGCCCCUCAAUUCCCUUGUGAUCAGGUUACAUGUGGUGCUUGGGUACGCAAUUUUGCCCACUAUGACGUGCAGAGCAUCCUCUUCGACCUGACUGAGGCUGCCACCAAUCGCGACAGCAUUGGGCGCAAGAAGAACAUCACAUCGGGUGCGUCAGCUGCCUCUCAGCUUCGGCCACUCACACAAUCCACACCUUCUUCACUUUCACAGGGUGGUGGGGGCAGUGUGGGAAGUGGGGUUAUCUUGGAGGAUGUAGAGCAGUCUCUGCUGGAUGAAGGAGAUGGGAAUGAUAAUGAUCUCCUGCUCAGCUGUCCACACUUUCGGAAUGAGAUGGGUGGCGAGGAGAGUGGUGGUCUCUGCCUGUCGCUGGGCUGCAGAGGCCGGUGGAGGAGCCUGCAAAGCCCCAACGAUGCCGUGUCAAUGUUAGAGGAGCCUAGGGAAAGCCACAUCCAACAACAGGGGAAGAGUAACUUCUUCAUAGAGCAUGCAGACCUAGGGGCUCGCUAUUAUCAGAAGUACUUCUAUAUGAAAGACCAUCAGAAUUUCUUUGGUAUAGAUGAGCGUUUGGGGCCAGUGGCUGUCAGUUUCCGAAGGGAGGAAAAAGAGGGAACAAGUGGGUCCCAGUACAACUACAGAAUCAUUUUCAGGACCACAGAACUAAAGACCCUGCGUGGUUCAAUCCUGGAGGAGUCUGUUCCCUCUGCAGCACGGCACACUACGCCACGCGGACUUUCCCCCAAGAGACUGCUGGAGUUCAUAUUGCCUGAUCUUAACCUACAAUGCCUCAGACUGGCCUCCACCUCCCCUAAAGUCAAAGACACACUGCUUAAACUGGACGAGCAGGGGCUGAAUUUCCAGCGUAAGGUGGGGGUGAUGUACUGCAGAGCGGGGCAGAGCACUGAAGAGGACAUGUAUAACAAUGAGAGUGCUGGACCGGCAUUUGAUGAGUUUCUGGACCUCCUAGGCGACAGGGUGCGACUAAAGGGUUGGGAGAAAUACAGAGCUCAACUAGACACCAAAACGGACUCCACGGGGAUACACUCUCUCUACACUCGCUACCAAGAUUAUGAGAUCAUGUUCCAUGUCUCCACCAUGCUUCCAUACACACCCAACAAUACACAACAGUUACUGAGGAAAAGGCAUAUAGGGAACGAUAUCGUCACAAUAGUCUUCCAGGAACCAGGCGCUUUACCCUUCACACCAAAAGCCAUCCGUUCUCACUUUCAGCAUGUGUUCAUCAUCGUCCGAGUGCAUAAGCCCUGCACUGACAAUACUUAUUACAGAGUGGCUGUGACUCGCUCCAAGGACAUCCCUCUCUUUGGUCCUCUUUUCCCUAAAGGUGCACGCUUCCCUCGUUCUCCUUCCUUCCGUGACUUUCUCCUUGCCAAAGCCAUUAACGGCGAAAACGGCGCUGAUAAAUCAGAGAAAUUCCGCUCAAUGGCCACACGUACACGGCAGGAGUACCUAAAAGACCUGGCGGAGAACUACGUCACCACCACGCCCAUUGAUUCGUCCACCAAAUUCCCGUUGCUGUCGUUGGGCGGAAAACGCAAAGAAAAAUUAAAGGGACCUAAGGGGGCAGAACUCCAUAGUGCUGGCGCUUUAGUGUGGGCCGUCACAGCAAUUCAGGGUAGCCAGUGCAAUGGGCUGAACCUGCCUUGCCUGCUGGGCAUAUCGGCAGAAUCGGUAGUGCUCAUAGAGCGAUUUACGCGAAGGGUGGUAUUCAAUUGCAGCUGUCGCGAUGUGAUUGGCUGGAAGGCAGUGACAGAGACGGGAUCUCAAGGUGGGCCUUGCCUGGAUGUCUUCUACGAGAGGGGCGAGGCAGUGACUGUGAUUGUGCCAGACAGCCAAGUGGAGGAUAUUAAGGAGGUGGUCCAACGAUUGGAGCUGGUUACGCGUGGCUGUGAAGCACGUGAGGUCACGCCCCUGAGAGAUGGAGUCGGCCAUGCAGGCUUCCUGAUGAGUGAGGAAGGCUUUGUAACGGAGCUUCAGCGGUUUGGGUAUGCGGAGAGUGGGGGACUGCAGUUGGGGGCACGUGUAGUUCGUCUCUGCGGCCAGGUCCUGAUACACCUCAGCCAGGAAGAGAGAAGCAUACUCCUGCGCACUGCGCAAAAGAUCCACAUCACAGUCAUACCUCCAGAUGAGAAUGGAAGACCACGCAGGAGUUUCUCAGAGCUGUACCAGAAAGCCAUCCAGGAUGCUGAGAGCAAGUCUGGAGAGGGACGCUCAGGGGAUGCCUGGGUCUUAGAUGAGCGAGAAGAGGAGGAGGAGGAGGAGGAUGAUGAAGGAGGGGAAGAUAACAAGAAAGAGGAUGAAAAUAUGGUGACAGAUAGAGAUGCUCAAAAGAAGGAGAGAUGUGGAGAGGAGAUGGGAAUUUCAGAGAGAGGGGAUGCAGACUCGCUCCUUUCCCCACCCAGCUUGCCCCUCUUGCGGGCAACGUCUCUGCAGGACAGCAUGAUGAGCCAAACUCCAGAGAUCACUGCCAUCUCUCUCACUCGGAGCUACUCGCUAGAGCACCACGCACCAUGCCAGAAUAUCCUUGAGAGGCAUGUAUACGAUAACGUGAGUCUAAAAGGAAACAGGCCCAUUUAUGAAAACCUCAGAGAGAUAAGGGAUACGACCCCUGACCUCAUACUGGCUGUCAAACCUAAAGUGCCUCUGGAGCAAGAGGAACAGCUUGAGCCUAAUAAGGGGAUUGAGGAGUGGCCAUCAGGCAGUGAUGUGACCCUGAGAUCUACCAGCAUGGAAAGAGCUGAAAGAAACUCUAGAGCUCUGAGCCUCCACAACUCCAUCACCAAGAUUCUUUCAGAGACAACGGAUUCAUCUGAGGAGGAAUGGCAGUCUAUCGCUGAUCUGGCCUCCGCCUGUCGGAACAUUCUGGAAGCUCUGUCUCGAGAAGACCGGAAGGCAGGAGACAGCUCACAAUCAUCCCUAGAGAAUAUGAGCCAGUCUGGUCAGACAGACGGCAAGUUUAAAGACAGUGACUCGCCCGGUCACCUUGAGGAGAAAGUAUGCCAGUUGGAGGCCAUGUUGAAGCGACUGCAGGAUGACCUCCAAAAGGAGAAAGAGGACAAAGCUUUGCUGCAAGCAGAGGUGCAGAGUCUCAGGCAGAACAACCAGCGCUUGCAGGAAGAGUCUCAGAGCACUGUGGCACGUCUCAUCAAAGUCACCGAGCUGCUCUGCAACGUCAACAAGCCCAGCUAGCAGAGAAACCCAUUCCAUGGCAGCAUACAAGACCUAGAUUCAAGAUACACAUAGACACAUCUGAAGGCCAGUGCAAAUGGUAGCAGACCCUUCAAACAAAGCCCAAAAGGAUUGUUCACCCAAAAAUUAAAUUUCUAGCAUCAUUUUCUUUCUAUCAUAUUGUUCCAAACUUGCUUUGCAAAUACAAUGUUCUAUAGACAAAAUGUAGACAAAUCCCUUCACUUUCAUUGUAUGGUUAAAAAUGCAAUGAAAGUGAAUGGUGACUGAGGCCAUAAUUCUGCCUGACAUCAUCUACAAACGUUAACAGGCAUUAAUAGCCUCAAUGCCAUUCUCAUGGACUUGCUCUGGAUUCAUACCCUUAGCAUGGGGUAAUAUUUUUCACCUGCUGCUCAAAUAUUGUCUCUCCAUAGUCAUUAUUUGUAACCCUUAAACCAGUGUCAUGCUCAGAUUAUGGUAGCGGCCAUUUAGUAACAUCACAGAUACAAAACCAUAGACUGCUUCAUCUUUAAGUACUGUUACUCGGCGUAAAAAUGUAGGCUUUUGACCGUACUGCAACAUCUAAUGUCUGCAAGUGAGCAGAGUGGGGCCAAGAUAACUAGCAAUACUACUGUAAUAAGCAGCCUGAUCUCAUGCAAAUUGUGUGUCUGUGGCAACAUUUUUGGAAGAUGAAAUUACUUCAUUACACAUAUCGCUGCAGUUUUGAGGUGAACAAAUCCACGAGGGGUGCUAAAAGGAAAUGUUUCCCCCAAAAAUUCGGUUUUAAAAGGGAUAGUUCACCCAAAAAUGAAAAUUCUCUCAUCAUUUACUCACCCUCAUGCUAUCACAGAUGUGUAUGACUUUCUUUCUUCUGCUGAACACAAACGAAGGUUUUUAGAAACAUAUCUCAGCUCUGUAGGUCCAAACAAUGCAAGUGAAUGGUGAUCAGAACUUUGAAGGUCCAAAAAGUACAUAAAUGCAGCCUAAAAGUAAUCCAUACAUCUCAGUGGUUAAAUACAUAUCUUCAGAAGUGAUGCAGUGUAAUACUGGAAGUGUGAGUGAGAAACAGAUCAAUAUUUAAGCACUAUCUUACUACAAAUCUCCACUUUCACUUUCACUUCCACAUUCUUCUUUUGUUUUUUGACGAUUCGCAUUCUUUGUGCAUAUCACCACCUACUGGGCAGGGAGUAGAAUUUAUGGUAAAAGAGGACUUAAAUAUUUAUUUAUUUCUCACCCAACCCUAUCAUAUCGCUUCUGAAGACAUGGAUUAAACCACUAGAGUCAUAUGGAUUACUUGUAUGCUAACAUUAUUUGCUCUUUGGUGCUUCAAAGUUCUGUCCACCAUUCACAAAUCUUUGAAUGCAUUCAGCAAAAGAAAGACAUAUACAUCUGGUAUGGCAUGAGUAAAUGAUAAGAGUAUUUUCAUUUUUGGGUGAUCUUUACCUUUAAGAUUAAAGCUCUAUGUAUGAGUAUUUCUGAGGUUUGAGUAUUUCUGUAACUGCUGAUCUCCUGGAGAAAAAAUCUCCAGUCAAAUCACAUGCUGAGACACUUGUGCAACAUUACUCUCCCUUCAGACCUCAGAUUCUAGCAUUGGAACGAGUCUUCAUUUUACUGUAGCUAGGCUUGGCCUGGAUCCUUAUUGAAACCUGGAUCGAGAGAUGAAUUUUCCAAUCUUCAGCAUUGUUGAGAUGGAACAGACGUAUUGCAAGCCUAAUUCAGACUACUGUAGUUCUCUGAUCUGUUCAUAUAUAUAUAAGAUAAUGUGAAAUGUUGCUUUUUGAUGUUAGUCAUGGGACAAAGUGUCUAACAUCAGAGCUUUGAACUGAAACUUUAUUUUUAGAGGAGGGGUAUCAAUUCCAGAGUGUGACUUGUUCAACAUACUGGAAUCACUUCCCUGACUGCAUUUACAUCACCCAGAUGUCUAUUUGAUGUGUGUGUUUACAUCUGGAAGACGUCUUUUUUUAGGUUGUUUGCUCAUCUGCCAUAGAUCUAUAAGACGUUUCCUCUCGGAUGUCAAUAAGACAUUCAGCAGAUGUCUUUGAGAUGUUUAUGAAUAAGAAUGUUUGUAAAUCUGAUCUUUUUAAGAUGUUUAGCAGAUGUGAAUUAGACUGCAAUGCUUUCCAGAUGAAAAGAUCUCAAACAGACAUCUCUGAGAUAUCUUGAGAGGAAACAGUAUUUCUUCCCAUUACCUUUGAAUUACGUGUCGAAUUGUUAAGGGAAGCAUGACGUAAAUCGCUAUUUCUAAAUAUUGUAAAAUGGUGAUUAAAGUGUUUGUUCGCUGCACACAAAGAUUUAAUAGACAAGCCAGAUGUGUGUGUCCUGCUGCGUUCACAUACUAAUUGCCUCAAGUAUUGUUUUGCUGAAUUGUCAGACUGUUUUGUCUCUUUUUUCUUCCAUUGCACCCUAAUACCAUUCUUACCAUUCACCUAAAGGUGCACUUGUAACGGGAGCCAGCUGGUAGAUAGCAGUGCAGUGUGUAAACCUCACUCUUCUGACCUCAAGAGGUGCGCUAGCGACUGACACUAGAGGCUGUAGACUUUUGCCUCCUUGUUAGCGCACCCGCCUCCCAUCCCAGAGACGCCAGUUUGAGUCCCACUCGGAGCGGGGCGACCAGGGCCGGUGACAUUGGUGCCGUGACCCGGAUGGGACUGAGGUUUAGGGGGGUGAGUGUAACGAGUGCCAGCUGGUAGCUAGCAGUGCAGUGUGUAAACCUCACUCUCCUGACCUCAAAAGGUGCACUAGCGACUGACGAUAGAGGCUGUAGCCUUUAGCCUCCUUGUUAGCACACCUGCCUCCCACGCCUGGUUCGAGUCCCGUUCGGAGCGGGGCGAGUAGAAUCGGUGACACACUGAUAAUAUGAAAUGUGACAAAAAGAGCAAAGGAUCUGGACUUUUACUUACACACACACACACACACACACACACACACACACACACACUGACACAGUACCGCCAACAAAGGGAAACAAAGGUGAAUGUUAAAUACAUACAUGUUGUUUCCCUUUCAGUUUUUGAAUUUUCUUUUAUAGUCACUGUGAUAAACUGGUACCAGCAGAUUCUGAUCUUUAUCCCUCUCUGUGAAUAAAUGUAGAGCCAAAAUGAGUGUUACUUCCCUCUAAAUUCUAUAUAUCCCCAUGGAACUGGAAUCUAGUUGGGAGAUUACUGAUUUGUUGUUACCAUUAGUGGAGAUUUUGUUCAAUUUGGUGAAUGCAGUACGACUUUUAGUGUUAAUUGUUGCAACAGGCAGGCAGUCGAAUACACUGAUGCAGGUUUUAUGCAAUCAGAGUUGUCAGUCAUGCGGUUUGUGGGGUAUACUUAGCAAAAUAGCUAAAGGAACUAUCUCCUGUUCAUCUGUGUGCGACAUAUUAUUUUAGAUUGUAGGAGGUUGUGAGAGCACACAAGUGCGCCGAGCAAUUUCCAAGCCACCUUCUGUAUGUGUGUAUGUAUUUAUAAAAAUGUAAUAACUUAAUAAUCUUGAAUAUGUUGAUGUUAUUGGUAGAUAGAUCUAUUUGAACUGGAAUGGAGGGGAUGCAAAUCUUUGAGCCAUUGAAUGGGUCGGGUUAGGUAAGGUUAUCUUAAGAGAAUUAAGGCAAGACAUGAUGGCAGCUCAUAUUUUGUAAUUUGGUUUACGUGAAUAAUAAUAACAAUAUUUCUCUCUGGUAUUGUAUGUUGUGAAGUUUGCCUUAAAUGGAAACCUGAAAUGACCCUGUGAAUUAACUCAAAGGGAGAGUGUGUGUGUUUAAAGAGAUUGUUCGGCCAAAAAUAAAAAUUCUCUCACCAUUUACUCACCCUCAUGCCAUCCCAGAUGUGUAUGUCUUUCUUUCUUCUGCAGAACACAAAUGAAGAUUUUUAGAAGAAUAUCUCAGCACUGCAGGUCCAUACAAUGCAAGUCAACAGGGUUCAGAACUUUGAAGCUCAUAAAAGCACAUAAAAGCAGCAUAAAAGUAAACCACGCGACACCAGUUGUUUAAUCCAAGUCUUCAGAAACUAUAUGAUAGGUGUGGGUGAUAUGAUAGAUGAGAAACAGAACAACAUUUAAGUCCUUUAUUACUAUAAUUUCAUCUCAAUGCCCAGUAGGUAGUGAAAUGCAUUAAGAACGCGAAUUGGCAUAAACAAAAGAAGUUUAUGAGAGAAGAACGCUUAGGAGGGCUGUUUUAAAAGUGGAGAUUCAUAAUAAAUAUAUGACACAUAAAGGCAGCAUAAAAUAAAUCUAUAAGACUCCAGUGGUUAAAUCCAUAUAUUCAGAAGUGAUAUGAUAGGUGUGUGUAAGAAACAGAUCAGUAUUUAAGUCCUUUUUUACCACAAAUCUCAACUUUCACUUUCAUAUUCUUCUUUUGUUUUUUGGCGAUUUGCGUUCUUUGUGCAUAUCGCCACCUACUGGGCAGGGAGGAAAACUGAUAGCAAAAAAACGACUUAAAUAUUGAUCUGUUUCUCACCGAACAACUUUUAUGCUGCCUUUAUGUGCUUUUUUGAGAUUCAAAGUUCUGGAACCCAUUCACUUGCAUUGUAUGGAUCGACAGAGCUGAGAUGUUCUUCUAAAAAUCUUAAUUUGUGUUCUGCAGAUGAAAGAAAGUCAUACACAUCUGGGAUGGCAUGAGGGUGAGUAAAUGAUGAGAGAAUUUUCAUUUUUGGGUGAACUAUCCCUUAAAAGCUUAUGGCUACUUGAAUAAUUAUAUGUGACAUUCCGUCUUUUCAUGUUCUUAACUAUUUGUAUUUUUAUUUUAUUUUUUAUUGCCACAGCUGUACUAUGAAUUUACCUUAUAUUGAAAAAAUGAAACUGUGUUCACUUAACUGCUGUGUUGACCCAAGUGGUUUCCUGUUUAGAAUCUUACAUUGUCAUGUAUAUGGUUUGAAUCAGGACAUUGUCUUUAAACAACAUUAUCAGCAAAGGAACACACACACAAAGAUAUGCAGUUAGCCUAAAUUCUCUCUCAGACACAUUUGUGACUUUCACAUUUUUGUGAAUUCUUAAACGCAUUUUUUAAGGGAUAGGUUUGUAAAUGUCAAAUAAACCCUAUCUUUUUAUGGCAUGUAUUUUUAUGGAGCUUUAAAUGCUCCUCACCAUAUAUUAAAGCUUGCCUUUUGCUUUAUUGCUCAUAAUACAAAUCAGUUUUACUGUUGUUUACAAUCUGUUUGUCUUUUUUAUUUAAAGAAGAUUUUGUUGUGCUUUGAAACAUCUGUAAGGACUUUAAAAGUACAUCCGUGCACUAGAACAUAGCCACAGUCAAUCAAGCCAUAUAAAUCAUGCAGACAAAGCCAGUAACCAGUCAACAGCAAAUAUAUGUGCUAGUUCCUGUAGUAUAAAUUGGUGUAUUGUUACUCUAUAAAUAAUUACAGGCUGUGCAUUUAAACUUUUACAAACUUAGUCAUUUUCCACUUUGUUACUUGAGCGUAUCUGCAUAAAACAAAAAUGAUGCUCUUUUUCAUGGCAAGUUAGCUUGCUUAGUCCUGGACUAAGAUCUUUGAAUGAAGGACUAUUCUUAAAGGAACAGUUCAAAAAGGAAAUUUCUCUCUGUUUAUUAACCCUCAUGCCAUCCCAGAUGUGUAUGGAUUCUUUCCUUCUGCAGAACACAUACAAAGAUUUUUUGAAGAAUAUUUCAGCUCUGUAGGGUCAUAAAAUGCAAGUGAUUGGUGACCAGAACUUUGUACAUUUCGCCCACUACUGGGCAGGAAGGAUACAUUUUUGUAAAAAAAAAAAAAAAAAGGACUGAAAUAUUAAUCUGUUUCUCAACCACACCUACCAUAAUGCUUCUGAAAAAUGUAUUUAAGCACCCGAGUUGUCUGGAGUACUUUUUUGCUGCCUUUAUGUGCUUUAUGCACCAUUCACUUGCAUUGUGAGGACCAACAGAGCUGAGAUAUUCUUCUAAAAUCGUCAUUUGUGUUCUGCAGAAGAAAGAAAAUCAUACACAUCUGGGCUGGCAUGAGGGUGAGUAAAUGAUGAGAGAAUUUUCAUUUUUGGGUGAACUAUCCCUUUAAUUGCCAAAUCCACCCAAUUACCUAAUCAAUAAAUAAUCAGCUGUCAAAUACACCUAUUUAAAUAAUUAGUUUGCAGGCACUAUUUUGCAUACAAAGCAAGCACUAUUGUCACAUUUAAAAAUAAAUGUAUACUGUAGGAGUAUGGCAAACCACAAACUCACACUCUAUGCAUAUUGGUCAGUGAUCUCCUGGCUGGAUCAAUGUUAGAGGAAUGUGCUGUCCAGUCAAAACACAUAAAGAAAACAUAUGGUGGUCAUUAGAGCUAUACAUGUUUCUUUUAACUGAUAGGGAAGUAUGUUCAUGUAUGUGAACCAGAGGGGUCCUGGCAAUAAAAACUGAACUUGUAUGUAAAACAUCUGAAAUUCGUCAAGCAUUUCUGUGUCAGACAUUGUGAUGAACAUUGA